AGCCAGGAGACAGCUGGCUUAAACUGAAAACAGAGGGAAACAGCAAGCCUGGCUCUGUUAAAAGGUUAAAAAGAUCACCUACUAGCACCUAAAGGUCACUAACAUGUUAUAUCUUGUUUGUUAAGUUAAAUAGUCCGGUACAUAACCACCCGUAAAACCACAAAUAACGCUUUAUGGGUGGAAAACUAGAUAUAAUGUGUUAAUUAGAGAACUUUAGAGGUGCUGGUAGGUGGAUUUAGUUAUCUUUGAACAGUCAGGCUAGCUGUUGCCCCUGUUUCCAGUCUUUAUGCUAAGCUAAGCUACAAUAAGUGGCUAUGAUAGCUUCACAUUUAGCAUUAAUUUCAUACUGGCUUUGAAGUAUGUCCUCUGACCUCAAUCAUUCCAUACCUUCUCAUUGAGAGUAUGUGUUUCUUGGUAUGUUACCUUUUUGUUAUAUUGCCUUUUCCUCUAAUCAAAUGAGAACAGUUGUCCAAAAAAAGGUGAAUGUCUCAUUUUAUGUUCUGUAUAUACUGAUGUUUUUUUUACAAGAUUCAUCAAUGUGCAACUAUGAAUGAGAUGAUCAUUCUACUUGAAAAUCACAGAAGUUCAGCAGUAACAAAGAAAAAAGCGUUAUUGAUGGUGUGAUUGCAAUCUGAGGAGCAUCUUGUGACUGCCUUCCCGCACACACUGUGUGGAGUUGUAGUUUCUAGGGUGAGGGGAGGGUGUGUGCAGAGAGUCUCUGUUUAUAGACGUCCAGGCAGAGGAGAAGUCUGUUUCAUCAGCUGUGCUGCAGAUCAGAGAGGAGCAUGCUGGGUUGUUCCACCUCUGCCAUGUGAUUUUCAUUACAGAAACUUCUGGGGAAGGAUUCAACUGUGGAAAGCUUGAGUCAAGAGAAAUACAUGAAGAAGCAAGGAAAAGGAGACACUGCCAGCAUCCCCCUCCCUUCACCAACAGGAGGCAGCAGUGUGCAGGUCUACCAUGACUACCAGAAAGUGGCUUAUAAAAUGUAUCCUGGGAAUGGCCACACCAUAGAGAACAGUUCCCACACAAGGAGAGACCAGGUCACCAACCACGAUGGCACCGGCAAGAUGUUGUCUAUGCCAGACAUCAUCUCCAACAGCCCAGACCAGAGGUACAGCAUGAAAGACCAGAGUGUUCAGAGGAACUCCAUGUGGAUGAUGGAUUCGAGCAGCCAGGCCUAUUCAGGGACAGACGACAACUCCACAGACCCACAUGAGACCCUGACAGAGACUUCAACUCUGACUUUUGUAGACGCCCACACUGAGGAAUCAGGAGAGAACCACAGUCUCCAUGGGGUAGGGAUGGUUUACCUCAAGGAGUUUGUGCUGAUUGAUGAUGAUGAUGAUGGAGACAUGUCGCUGAGAGAGAAAACGGUGACAGACUUGUCUGUCAUGGAUGGAAAAGCUGCCGACCUGGUGCGUGGGAGGCUGUUGUCAACCUCCAGUGGCUCAGUGUCAGAGUGUAAGGACGAAUCUCCAGCUCCUGAGGCGCCUCCACCUGAGGAAAGUGAGCCUUUGCCCCAAAAGCAACGCUGCUGUUUCUGCACCCUUUUAUGACCCAUCAGGUGGUGAAAGGUCACAGGUUUGAACCCUGUGGCAGCUACUGUGUCCAAGAUCAGGGCUUUGAAGCUGUCCUGAAAGACUCUGUGCUCUGAGCACUCUGGCGUAAAAUGUACUGAGCUUAAACAUGUGUUCCUGUCGAAGCACAUUUAUGGCAAUAAUGACAUACAGUACAAGUGUCAUUUUGUUUUCUAAUGCAGCUAUUCUUUUUCAAUUCCUAUUAUUCUUUUUUUUCAGAGCCAUUAUUAGAUAUCAACAACCAGCAAAAAUACUUUGUUUAUCUCAAAGUGCUUUCUGCUUGAUUUACAUUUACAGAAUGUGGUCGUGUGGGUCAAGAUAUAAUCAUUUUCAAGAUUAACAAACAUACCUCUGUAAUCUAUUACAUUUACUGUAUUACAUUUUGAUACUAAAAAAUGCAUGUUCCUGUAGUAUUAGAUCUGAAUGACAGACUUUGUGAUAAAUUCACAGAAGGUCGAGAAAGAUCGAGUGCUAACAUCAAAUAAAGGAAACCUAAA